AUAAAAUCUAACUAUGAAUUCUAAAUAUCAAAACAUGUCAUCUCGGUAUCAUCCCCAGAAUCAAAGUAUUAUCGAAGAGCUCCGGAAGUACCCAGGGAUGAAUAUGUCACUUGAUAGAAUGGAGAAAUAAUCAAAGAAUGCUCGACCAUAAACUUGACCAAAAUCGAAAGCAUAGGCCUCAUUACUCGAAACAAGUGCCUAGAAGAACGCUUAGGAGUAUGGAGAAACCUAAAGACGUACCUGAUAAAGGAACGACAUUUUUGACAGAAGUUAUCAAGAAAUCCCCUUUCUUAAAGGAAAACAUGCCAACAUUGGAUCCUAAAUACGAUUCGAAAAUGAACCUGAGGAGAUUAGGAAAAGGGGCUCAGACCCCAAACAUAUCCACAGUCCGUUUCAAAGAGAGGAUGACUCCUUCUGGGAAUAAAUCAAUCAACAAUUUCUUUAAGAAAGAGAGACUCAUAUCAAAUUGCCGUAAGAAGAUAUGCAGGGAGACUAUUAAAGACAUGAAGUCCCAGCGGAAGGCCCUAAUCAGGAAACUUGUGAGUAAAUACUCGCCUGUUCUUACAGAGCUGAACAAGUCUUUCAAAUAAAGCACCGGAUAUAUUGAGCAAGCAGUUUAACAAAAGUUUCUAUGAGUUAAAAUAAGCGUCAUAUCUUCAGAAAGAUUCAGUCGGAUGUAGACUCUAAAUUUAACCAAGCUGUGCUGAUAAAGACUUUGUGUAAGAAGAAUGGUGACUUUUUGACAAAUAAGAUGAAAAUGUUGAGGGAGUUCCAGUAGAGAUAGGGAUUGAGACAGAAAAUCCUAUGGAAGUGAUUGAUGGAAGCAGGAUAAGGUUCUAUAGAGGUGGAUUAGAGGACUGAGUUGGCUCUUAUAGAUCCAGAUUUUGAGAAUGGGAUUUUGAGUAUGAG